AUGGGGGCGUCUCACAGGGCGGUCGUGGAAGCGGCGAUGGAGUUGGAGAGGGUAGCAGGGUGGAAUGCGCGACCCCGGUGGCCGGUGGCAGCCGAUCCACGCAAUGGCACAGCCUAUGCCGUCGGCGUGUAAGUACUGACUGGACAGGGGAUGUCAUACAUACACUCCCACCACGCAUAUGAGUGUGCAUUAAAUUUCGUUGCUUUAUCUGUCUUCACGGCAGCGGCGCUGUCGUCGUGUACAGCUACAAUGGCACCGAACAAGUGAGCUGACCAGAGAAAGACAAGGGUCACCAUCUUUUUCUUUAUUGGCUGCAGGUGUCGUACGAGGGUCACGAUGACAUGGUGUCUUGUCUUGCCUUCGCUCACGGCACCCAUGACCCUGACAAGGCCUUGCUGGCCUCGGGGCAGGUCGGAGCCAAUGCAGACGUCAUCGUGUGGACUGUGGGCGCACCCGACAAGAGAGACGACCAUCCGCCACUCAAAUACAGAUUCAGGUAGCGUGAGGGAUCUGACGAUGUGACUGGGGAGGAAGGAAGGCUUGGCACUUGUCAACAGAGAGAUUCAUGGACCGUCUGGCCACUACCGAUGUAUGUAUGUAUGUCAGUGAGCACGACGGCGGCAUCCGUGAUUUGUGUUGGAGUCACGAUGACAAGGUGUUGAUGACGCUGGGCGAGGAUCAGCGGCUGUUCUUCUGGGACAUGCAGACCGGUGGCAUCGUGUGCUGGCUGCCGGCCCCCCCAUGCACCGCAGUGGUUGCCUCGUGCGGCAUUUCUGUCAGGGACGUCAAGGGCAGGGUGCUGCCGGCCAUGUACCAGUUUGCCGUGUGCGGGGGCAGGACUGUCGACUUCAUCUCUCUCAAAAAACCUACCGGCGCUGCAGAGAGGUUCGACGUCGCCGGCUCCCAGAAACGGGAAUGGCUCUCUCUGGUACGUGGAUGGGAUGGCCCACUGUCUAACCCGGGUAGAACAGGGAGGGGGGAGCAGAUAGCGAGAAAGAGAGACCCUGUAUAUCAUUCACGCCUUGAUGAAUGCAAUUAAGCUGCCAAUGCAAUGCAUGGGCUCCACACCCACGACCGGAGGAGCUCCUCCCUCGGGGCAGCCCAACCUGUGUUGUUUGUCAAACAUGUGUGUAGGCGUUUGAUGCGUCGGGAGAGUUGCUGUUUGCGGGUUCGCAGUCGGGAGACAUCCAUGUCGUUCUGGUCAAGACACGAGCCCUACUCUACUCAGUGUCCGUCUGCUCCAGGGGUACGGAUGUGCGUACUUACGGAGGGGACAGAGAAAUGCUCACCCAAAUCGGCUUCACUUCAAACAUACUCACUCCGUGCGUCUGUCUGUUUCUCUGCCAUACAUGACAUGCAUCCAUCAGGUGUCCGCAGUCUGGUGGCUAUGCCCACUGACAAAUUGCUGUGCGGGGGAGGAGACGGGUGAGUGGGGUCAGUGGGUGGAUGGGCGGGUGGGUGGGGCAAUGUCAGUCAAUCAUCGGGCCGGGCCGCAGACAGCGGCUGGUCGACUCGACUGGCAGCAUAUAUAUAACCAAUUGCUCCCUCUCUCACUCAGUCACCUACCUACCGUUCGUCUGUGUGCAUUCAUUCGUUCAUUGUUCGAUGUUUUGAUGUGAUGUGUGUGUGUUGCAAUGCAUGUGCAGUUCGUUGACGAUGCUGACGAUAAUGCCGGAGGACGUCCAGCUGAAGGAAGAGUCCCAUAUGAUGGUCAGCGACACAGCGGCCGUCGUCCACAUCGAGGGCAGGCAGGACCCAAGUCCCGGCCUCCAGGUGGUGCUGGUGGCAUGCUCGGAUGGCACCAUAUCCUCCCUAUUACUGCCCGCAUUCAGGCAGACAAGUAACUACCAGGCACACAGAUGAAAUGGACCACUUGGAUGGCGUCGCGUCGUGUAUUCACUUCUGCAGUCGUAUCUCAUGCUUUGGGUGAGAGCAACGGCCGUGCGUGUGGUGUGACGGGCAUGUGCUUCGGCGCCGAACCCGACAAGGUGUGGACAUCCGAUGACGGCGGCCUCCUCACACUGUGGGAGCUGCCCACUUUUGAGAAGAAGAUGAUUAUCCAGAUGAGGGGGUCCGGCAAGAAGUCAUCGUGCGCCACCCUCAAGGCCGUGCCCCCGUUGCACAGCGGCAGGUCUGGCGUGCUGGAUAGCGACAGCAGCGACUUGUACCCCACGGCCAUCGCUGCUGCCCCCAACUCGUGUGUGGUGGCCUCUGGCUAUAACGAAGGAACCGUCCGCAUGUUUGACUGCCGGCCUGAGACCGUCGGGAGAAGGGAGCUGUGGCACCUGGAUCGCAUCACCAACGGGGCCGUUGCCAGCAUCGCUGUCGCCGCCAACAACAGAUUCACGUGAGUCAGCCAGCCAAGGGGGCCAGCCAGGCCGGGCCGGGGGGCCGUGUGUGAUGUGAUUCGGUGGGUGGACAUCUUUGUAUGUUUGUUCAUAUGGGCGCGGUUGCAGGAUGGCUGGUUCGUCUGACGGCACCAUCAAUGUCAUCGAAACCAAAACUAGGACUGUCAUCAGCACACUGCGAGAACAACCGUACGUAAGCCACACAUUGAGUGGAGUUAUGUAGAGAAGCAGCCAGCAAGCGAUGACGAGAGACAAGAGCCGACAAGACAAGACAAGAUGUGUGUGUCUCUCGUGUCUUGUCUGUGUUUGUCAGGAAGUUGCGGUGUGCGGUGCUGUUCAAUGGUGACAGCUGCGUGGCGUGUGUGGGUGGUGCUUCGCUGCUGGUGUAUGAUCUCCGCAGCGAGAGGAGGGUCGCCUCACAUCACAUGCGAGACGGUCCGUGGGGGAGGGAGGGAGGGACGAGAGGGAGGGUCGACCACAGCACACCCCUGGAUGGGAUGGGUGUCUGACGUACUGGCUGAUUGUGCCAUCCAUCCAUCCAUCCAUCCAUCGACGCAGGUAACUUCUGGUCGUGCUGUGCCAGGGACGGCCCCGAGAACCCCUUGAUCGCAACCUCGUCGCAGGUCAAUCAAUAUAGUAAACUAAACGCACCCAGUGGGCAUGAAUUGAAUCUUGUCUGGCUGUUAUCGAUUUCUCGUCCGUCCAUUCCUUCGUCUGUCGGUCCGUCCUGCAGGGGGGUAAGUUAGAGGUGUUUGACAUGCGGGACGGCUUGCGUCCCUGCCGAGAGUUCCAGUCGGCGAGUGAGACAUACGCGGUGGACGUCUCGCCGUCCCGGGAUCUCCUGUGCGGGGCGGCGGGGAGGGGGGAGGUCAACCUAUGGAGCAUCGCCUCAGGCGCCCUGCUCGAGACCAAGACACAUGAUUGCGCUGCUGAUGUGGCCGGGCUGCAAUUCGCAGCCGACGGAAAACAAGCUGUCAUGGCGGGCGGGGGGACCAUAGCAUGCUAUAAUGUCUUCGCUUCAUAGACCCGUGUGUAACCAUCUAGCAUGCUAUCAAAGCAGACACUCGCUG